CAGCUGCAGUUCUCUGUUAAAGGGGUCGGUCGGGAAGCGGAAGUCUCUGCAGUACUGCUUGACUUGUGUUCGGGGAGUUGUUCUUACAGUAGUUGUACGAGUUUUAAAUUAUUUGUACAGUGUUUAAUCGAGGUUUCAUUAGAGAAGAUGGCAGCAGCCCUUCCCCCUCAGUUAAAACAAAUUCAACAUCAUUUACGGACUGGGCAGGAACAUGAGAAACGCGACCCCGUUGUGGCUUAUUACUGUCGUCUCUACGCCAUGCAGACAGGAAUGAAAUUGGACAGUAAAACCCCCGAGUGCCGCAAGUUUCUCGUGAAAUUAAUGGAUCAAUUGGAGACGAUGAAGAAAGAGUUGGGUGACAAUGAGUCGAUUUCUCAAGAGCUGGUUGGCCAUGCUCACAUUGAAAAUUAUGCUUUAAAAAUGUUCCUCUACGCAGAUAAUGAAGAUCGCUCAGGACGGUUUCACAAGAACAUGAUUAAGUCAUUCUACACGGCAAGUCUCCUGUUAGAUGUCCUCUCUGUGUUUGGCGAGCUCUCUGAAGAGAACUUCCAGCACAGGAAGUAUGCUAAAUGGAAGGCAACCUACAUCCACAACUGUCUGAAGAAUGGAGAGGCGCCGCAGUCAGGGCCAAUUGGAAUGGAAGGGGAAGCAUAUGAUGAUGAAUAUGAUGUAGAACAUGGUGCAGCCUCUCGGCCUUCUCCACCUUCAUCACAUGUGCUUUCCAAAGAUGAUCCAGAUGCCAACACUAACUUCUCAAACCUACAGAUCCCACCUGGAGCACAUGCACCUGCCAACACCCCAGCUGAGGUACCUCAUUGCACAGGUGAGCCUAGUAACCCAGUUCAACCUGUUCCACGAAACAUCCCUGUGGUAGAUCCCUCAUUGCUCAAUGCAGUGCAACAGGGGGAGGUCCGUCUGACACCAGAAGAUAAUACUAGGGCUCAGAAGUACUGCAAAUAUGCUGGAAGUGCUCUACAGUAUGAAGAUGUAGGCACGGCUGUACAGAAUCUACAGAAAGCACUCAAGUUACUCACUACAGGCAAAGAAUGAAGCCUUUGUCUUCAGUGUCAGUAUCUGGCCAAAAGAACUAAGAGCCCAUUACUCCACCCUCAGCUGUAUCAGAAGAAUGCAAUUCUAUUGAAGCCCUCAAAUUGUAAACGACAAUGAAAGCUGUGUCUCCAUAUCGGACUCCUACUGUAAUAUUAAUCAGCAGUCAUGUUACUUUUCCACAAAAUGGAAAGAGAGCUGUUUAGAAGUCAUGUAUUAGCUUUUAGGUUAUUGAUGUUAAUAGCUAUGAAUAUUCUCUAUAGAAUAAUAAACUAAAUAGGAAAGACAAAAGUGUAACACAGAAAAUCCAUUUAUUCUGCAUGUCCAUUUGCUGAUGAGUUAACUUCCUCUUUACUAAAACUGCCAAAAAAAUAAAUAAAUUUGAUUUAUCAUAUGUCCUUAGGUAAAUCUAAUGUUUUUCUGUUUGCAUAAUUACAUUUUUUGAAGUGUUUCAAAAUGUCAUUUGUGUGGUGGCUGGUUUCAGUUACAUCUGUAUCAUAUGUUUUGUAUUUAUGAACAUAUUUUUAUUAAACACAUGUCAUCAGAUCUGGUUAUUUAGAAAAUUCCUUAAUUUUCUUUAAGCAAUUAAGGUUUUUCAGGGGGUGAUAGCUUAAUGCACAUUGUGAGUUUGCUCAGCUUGCUGUAUGCUGCUGACAUGACAGUUCAUAGCGUUUCCUCUGACUUGGUUGGAAAAGCCACAAGAUUUGUGGAGGUAAGGAAAGAAAACCUAGGAAGAUGAUGUGGAAAACAGAAUAGUUGAACAACUGGCAGGCAUUGCUAUAGGUUUUUUUUUUUUUUUUUUAUAGUUCUGCGUACAUUAACAGUAUGUCCAUGAUGCAGCUGAUUAGAACUGGCACAGGCUGUGCAAAAACUAAUAUUUAACGGUAUCUACUAACUGGCUUUUCACCAAGCGAGGCCUGUAUACUGAUCAGUGAGAGAUGGUGGAACUGCUUAUACCUAUGUAUACAGUAUCACAUUUACAUUCACAUCUGUACUCAAUUUUGAGUUUAUUUCGGCACUGACGGGAUAUGUGCGUUGUACGUUGCAAAUAUAACUUGUUUUCUCACAAGAGUUGAUGAGAACACUGUUCUCACCAGAUCUUGUUAAACCUGAGUAACCUGUUUUGGCUUUACUGUGACGUACAGUGAAUCAAUAUUGUAAACACAUCUCAAGCACCCAAGAGUAUUGUGAUUUUGCAAUAAUUUUCCUGUCUGGCACAAAGUGGAAAAUCAAGUACCGGUAAUGAGGUGAACUCAAUUAUGUAAGCUUUCCCUUCAGUGCAGAAAGUUAAUCCGGUAAACAUGCUCAGGUAAAGACAGUUUACUCAUCUGAAUAGACAUAGCAAUUGGUCACGUAGUCCAUGAAAAGCAUUGAUUAAAACAUUUUAGAAGAAAAAACUUGAUACAACCUAAAUUUAACAGUUACUGAUAAGUGAACUUUUGGGUUUGGAUUUUUAUUUAGACUUUUCAAAUUUAUUGUCUCUAAUAUUGUAACGAUGACAAGUUUAAUCCGAUCUGUUCAAAUUAUAGGUCUUCCAGAGACAGAAAGAGAGAAAUAAAAAGCCGCUGCCUCUUGUGAGAUGGUGCAGCAGAUCAGGUAAAAACUGAAGCAUGAUCGAAAUACAGAUGUGGAAAAGGAACAAUGCCUCGUUGAAGAGGAUCAUUCACCAAUAUGUACAGAAUAACAGAAAAUAUAAACCAUAAAGACAGUAAUUUUAGAAAUCUAAUCAUCUUUUCUAGCAAUAUACUGUCUUACUGUAAAUACUGUAGUAGUCAGAGAUUGUGAUUUGAAAAUGUUCUGAAACUGACUAUAGAACCCUGUGUGGUUUCAGGUCAGUGUUUCAGUUUUAAGUGUAUGCCAUUCAAAAUAUAUAUUUUAUCACACCACCAAACUUUUUUCUCAGCAGUAUAAUUGUAAUAAUACGUAGAUGUUUUGGCAAAAUGUUUUGGUGCUAGUUUUACAAGAUCAGUUUAAAAAGGUAGCAUUCUAUUCAGCUUGGCAGCAAAAAUAUUGAUCAUGUUUAAAGACCUAUUGGGGGGGGGGGG